AUGGGGAUUUGGGGGUCAAAGGAACGCCUGUGCAGCAUCUGCCGGGACAGGAGCUCGGGCAAGCACUACGGCGUGUCCAGCUGCGAGGGCUGCAAGGGCUUCUUCAAGCGCACGAUCCGCAAGGACCUGACGUACACGUGCCGCGACAACCGCGAGUGCGUGGUGGACAAGCGGCAGCGCAACCGCUGCCAGUACUGCCGCUACCAGAAGUGCCUGGCCACGGGCAUGAAACGGGAGGCGGUGCAGGAGGAGCGCCAGCGGGGCCGGGACAAGGACGCUGACGGGGACCUGGGGGCGGCGCCCAACGAGGAGAUGCCGGUGGAGAAGCUUCUGGAAGCCGAGCUGGCCGUGGAGCCCAAGAGCGACGACGGCGCCGGCCCCGGCGGAGCCUCC